GCCCGAUGGAUCUGAAAAAUUAAAUCAAAACCCUCCCUCUUAAACCCUAACUCUUCUCAGACUAUAAAAGCCCCCCCAAAACCCCUCCUUUUUCGCUGCAAUUCAUCUCGUCGCCGUUUUCGCACUCUGCUCUCGAAGAUGGCUCCUCCUCAAGGUCGUGGUGGUGGCGGUGGAGGGUUCAGAGGUAGGGGUGAUAGAGGGAGAGGAAGAGGUGGAGGAGGAAGAGGAGGAGAUAGAGGUGGCACACCGUUCAAAGCACGUGGUGGUGGCCGAGGAGGAAGUAGAGGUGGUGGCCGUGGAGGAGGAAGAGGUGGUGGCCGUGGCGGUGGCAGGGGCGGAAUGAAGGGAGGGAGCAAGGUUGUUGUUGAGCCUCACAGACAUGAAGGUAUUUUCAUUGCUAAGGGUAAAGAAGAUGCUCUUGUAACUAAGAAUCUUGUCCCUGGUGAAGCUGUUUACAAUGAGAAAAGGAUUACUGUGCAGAAUGAGGAUGGUACCAAAGAAGAGUAUAGGGUUUGGAACCCUUUCCGUUCAAAGUUGGCUGCUGCUAUCCUUGGUGGGGUUGACAACAUAUGGAUUAAACCUGGAGCGCGGGUUCUUUACCUAGGAGCUGCUUCUGGAACAACUGUUUCCCAUGUAUCGGACGUUGUUGGCCCAACUGGAGUUGUAUAUGCGGUAGAAUUUUCCCAUAGAAGUGGACGUGACUUGGUCAAUAUGGCAAAGAAGCGGACUAAUGUCAUACCCAUUAUUGAAGAUGCUAGACAUCCAGCUAAGUACAGAAUGUUGGUUGGCAUGGUAGAUGUGAUAUUUUCUGAUGUUGCCCAACCCGAUCAGGCAAGGAUUUUGGGGUUGAAUGCUUCAUAUUAUCUCAAAGCUGGGGGUCAUUUUGUCAUUUCAAUUAAGGCUAAUUGCAUUGACUCCACCGUCCCUGCUGAGUCCGUGUUUGCUAGUGAAGUCAACAAGCUGAAGGCAGACCAAUUUAAGCCUUCGGAACAAGUCACUCUUGAACCAUUUGAGAGGGACCAUGCCUGUGUUGUUGGUGGAUACAGAAUGCCCAAGAAGAAAAAAGAUGCCGAGUAGAUUGCUUUUUACAAUGUCAUUUCAAUAUUUUAUUUUACUCUAUUUUGCCUAGUUCUGAUGAGUUUAAUGUACCUCUGAAACACUUUCUUAUUAAGAAGUAUUAUUUUUAUGAUUCCCUU